AUGGACAAACUCUUUAUCCUGGUCAUCUCCGGUGCUCCGCGGCAAAGGCACAGCCCGAUCCCUGCCAGCUCGCCAGAGUACACCAUUCUCUGCGCACAAGCGCCAACGCCAGAGGACCGUAUUGCUCUGCUUAUAAGGCGCUUUCCCACCUCCACGGAGGGAAGUUCGGCCCAAACAAUGUGCUACCUCCUGCAAACAUGUGUCUCAGCAGACGUCUCGCCUGAUGAGGCGGAGCACAUCGUUGAGACACUCGUAGAGUUUGCCAACCAGCACCCAGGUUGGACCGACAGCAUAAAAUGGAUUUGUGCCCUUAUUCAUUAUUACUGCACAGAUGACGUCACCGUUUCCAUUUUUUCCGAGUGUGGUGUGCCUGCUGUGGCCGUUCGGGCGUUAAAAGAGCACAUGCAAAACAACCAACUUGUUCUCGCGGCAUGUGCGCUGUUGUCUCAUUUUAACUUAUACCCUAUAGGCGAUGGGAUAUCCCAAAUUGCUCGUGCCCUUCAAGCGCAUCAUGCAGAUGCACUGAUUUGUAAGAUGGCCUGCCGGGCCCUUGCAGAGUUUACCUCAUACGUAUUGGAGUGCCCUACCAGUUUUGUUCCUUCUAAUAAAGAGUUUCUUGAGGCGAAUGGGGUUGAAGUGCUUGAAAGUGUUCUGCGGGACCAAAUUGGUGAUGAGGAGACUACACGGUAUGUCGCUCGAAUCGCCGCAAACGUGACAAGCUCAGGUAUUCCAAACUCGCUGGAGGCAGACUCAAAGGUUAUUUCGUACCUUGCCGAAGCCAUGGGGCGCUACGCAGACUCGGAUCUUUUGUGCAGUCACGCUUUACAUGUAUUUAGCAACUUUCCUAAUUCCCCGUACGUCGAGUGGGAUAUCGUUGCAAAGAUUUUUAAAACGACAGAGUCAGAGGCGACCACCUUGGAGGCGAUCCAUUUUUUUUGCAGUGUUGCGAUGAAUGUCAAAACCCAAAAGCAGCUGAUUUAUUCUACGGGCUGUCUUCAGCGGGUGUUGGAAGUGAUGCGCAAGUAUGAAUCGAGUGGGGCCAUUCAAGCAAAUGCCUGCAGUCUGCUUUCCUAUCUUUCCUUUGACUCAGAAACGAUAACGUCGAAAAUAACGGAGUCAGGCGGAAUCCUUUUGGUUCUGAAGGCCAUGCAAAAUUUUCCCGACAAUGAGGAUUUACUUGUCUCUGCGUGUGCCGCGCUCAGUGGUCUGACGUUCAAUAAUCUCCGAGGGCAGCAGGUUAUUAUCCAGGAGAAUGGAGUGGCACGUAUUUUGGAUGCCAUGCGGUUUGGAAAAAGUGCACGACUGCAGGAAAACGCUUGCCUGGCCAUUGGGACGAUGUGCUGGAACAGCGAGUUAAAGGCGGAAGUUGUUCGGCUGAAUGGCGUGGAGUUAAUUAUGAAAGCCCUGGAGGAACACUAUACAAGCCCUGGCCUCGUUAAAAAUGUAUGUCGAGCUUUGGCUCAAGUAGCCUUUAAUUGUGAGGCCUACCGCGAUGCUAUGUGCGCAAGUGGAGCAAUCCCACUAAUUAUCAAGGGUAUGGCAGAACACCCAAGUUACGAUCGCGUACAAAUGCACGGCUGCGUGGCACUUUCGUAUCUUUCCUGGAAUAAUGAAGAGAAUUCAGCAAGGAUUGCCCAACACAAGGGUUAUGGUGUCAUCAUUGAUGCCAUGCGAAACCACCUGCACAACUACGAAGUUCAGGAGCAUGCGUCACGUGCAAUUGCGAAUAUUGGAACAGUUCCAUGUGAAGAGCUGGAGCAGGCACCUGAACAAAUUGUUGCCGCAAUGCGACGCCAUGAGCAUGUGAGUGAAGUUCAGGAAGAAACUUGCCGCGCGAUUGUUACUCUUUCGUUAAUUUCUCCCGCAUACAAGGACAAGUUGUGUGAACUAAAUGUUGUGGAAUGUGUUGUAGCGGCAAUGCGGAAUUUUUCUGGUAAUCAAGUGGUCCAACAAGAGGCAUGUAAUGCGUUGGCCCACCUUGCCUACGAACAUGCAAAGCUUAAUAAAGCUGUAACAGAACUCAAUGGUGUGGAAGCCCUCUUGAACGCCAUGAAGACGUAUGUAAAUUCACCUAAAGUACAGUUAAACGCAUGUGGCGGCCUAAGUGCAUUGGCAUUUGACAAUACAGUGGCACAACAACAAAUUUAUGAUCUUGGCGGUGUCGCCUGUGUCAUUCGUGCAAUGACAAAUUUUGAGCGUCUACGCAUGUUGGAGUUGGGCUGUUCAGUUCUAGGAACUUUGGCAUGGAACACCGAAAUCAAGGAGAAAGUUGCUCUUGUCGCUAUACCAGAGAUCCUAAAAGCCAUGCGUGUGCAUUAUCAAAGUCCACUGUUGCAGAAAUCAACCUGCCGGGCCAUAUCUCAGUUUGCUUUUAACUCGGAGAAUAAUCGCAAGCUUCUCGCGGACUCUGGCGCCAUACCACUCAUUGUGACGGCAAUGCGCUCACAUAUUACAAUGGACAAGCUGCUCGUGCACGGAAUCAAGGCGCUGACGUACCUAUGCUGGGAAAAUACCCAAGUUGCGGAGGCUAUUAUCAACGAAGGCAUUGAAGAGGUUCUGCAAAAAAUCGUUAACACGUACUCUUCAUCGCAACGCGUCUACGGUGAGGCUGUUCAUCUUUCUAAGAUUCUCUUCCGCAAAGUGUCAAGCAGCCCUCAGGCGAAGAUGUGCUCUCCACCAUUCUUUUCUCCUCUUCCAAUGUCGCAAACACCUGGGCCUGGAGUUGCUCAAGCCGAGAAGGCGGUGUUCCUUAGCCCUCCCACGCAAACGGACAUGGAUGUUCCCCAAUUCUACAGCAUCCCCGAGGAACUGAGUCGACAGGAGGAACGUCUGCAGCGCACCCAGUGGGGCAAUCAGGAGCACCAGGCGAGAGGCGACAGCAAGGGAGAGGGGGCCGGCCGUCGACGGCGAAAUCGUCGUCGAGGGGGCAACAACAAUUUUGGGAGGCGCCCGGGACAGUUCGAAGCUCAAGGAGUAGAACAGGGCGCAGGGACCCAUCACAUGGACCCCUACGCCGCACGAGCACAACAGCGGGAAAAUGACGUGUCCCGUCCGUUGUCCGCGGAAGACUUGUGGGAUGACCCGGAUCCAGGGACUUACCACGGCAACCGUCAACUGGGCAAGCUUAACUGGCAACAAGCGGAACUGGCCCGCCAACACGGCGAGGGACAGCGGCCUCCUGCCGAAAUGCCCGCACGUGGCGGUGGACGUGGCAAUAGACGACGUGGAAACCCCCGGAACAGUGGCCGUGGAAGGGGACGGAGUGACCAGUAA